GAAUAUUAGCUUGCAAAUGAUGAAUACGUUCGCCCUGGCUCUGUCCUUGCUGCUGGCCAAGCACUCUCUAAGUGCUUCCUUAACGGAUUGGCAAAGGGAUCCUGAGCUUUUGCCGAACUUCUUUCAGGGUGACCUCGUAAACAGGCCCAGUAUAGCGAAGUGGCGGAGAAAUGUGAUAAGCAACACGAUCUAUCAUUGGCCAAACCGCACAGUCUUUUACUUCAUUGAAAAUGGCACUUUUGAUGAACCCCAUCUACAGUAUAUCCGUCGGUCAAUGCACAGAAUAGAAAAAAUAUCGUGUGUCAAAUUUGUGGAAGCGUCCAGUGAUCAAAAAUAUUUUGUCAAUAUAACAUCGGAUGAGGACGGCUGCCAUUGCGAAGACAUUGGCUGGAGAAAUCAUCGCACAAAAGUUAAUCUUGGGGUAGGCGCUUUGGACCAGGGCUGCUUUCGCAUGGGUUCCAUAAUCCAUGAGCUCCUGCACGUCUUGGGCUUUGAACACCAGCACGUGGCCCAAGACCGAGAUGAAUAUGUGCAAAUUGUAUGGGAAAAUAUUAGUCCGGAAAAUAUAAUAAAUUUCUUCAACAACGAAACAUACAUAGGCUGGAACAACUACGGCGAGGAAUACGACUACGGGAGUGUAAUGCACUACAUUAGUAAUGCAUUUGCCAAGAACAUAUCGCAACCAACCAUUGUAGCCCUGAAAACAGGAGGCUCAAAGAUGGGCCAGCGUCGUGGAUUGAGCAAGACAGAUGUUCGCAAACUAAAUAAAAUGUACAAGUGUCCUGGCUACGUAUAAACUGUAAAUGUUGAA